AUGGAUUGGAAUUUCCAGCUCGAUCCCAACGAUGAUCUUGUAGCGGAUCUUCUUUCCCAGUUCGAUGCGGCUAGUGCGCAUGUUCAAGCGGAGGAACCGGCCGCAAAGAGCUCACACGGAGUCCAGCCCGACAACUCUCAGCCUACGGGCUCUCAAGUUCAGCCUGCGAACCAGCUCCAGGAAACAUUACAAUUGGAUGUAACGACAGAAGAUGAGCAGCCGCCAGGGCCGAAGUUAGCGGCAGUGGAGAUCCCGGCGAUAGUGAAUGGGGAGGAGUAUGACACCCUUCCAGGGCAUUCAGCUGUUUGGUAUAUCAUCAGUGAGGAGCAGGGUGCCGACGGAGAUGUUGUAUAUAAAGUUCGGAUGCGGAGUAGCGAGUUGCAAACAGUCAACUUGACACAGCUCCAAACCCUCCAAAAUGGACCGGAAGCCCUCGAACGCUUCGAAUCGUCGGACCAAGAUUUGCGAAUCACGAUCUCGUCAGAUGAAGACUACAACUCUACCGAAUCUCGGUCAGUCAAUGACAGACAGUCUAAACGCGCGACCAAAUCCCGCCGUCUGUUCACGGAGUUCUUUGCUGGCGUUAGCAGUGACGAUGACGGGGGUAUAAUGAGCUCAUCGAGUGACGACGUGAUUGUUUCUUCUGUGACAACUUCUAGAGCAAGAAGGUUGCAGAGGGGCGUCCGACACAAAGGUUUGCAAAACAGGCGGCAAUCAUCCAGAAUAUCCGAUUUCUUUGACUCUGAUGAUGAGCCAAAGUCGAAAGGCACUAGAUUCUCAACGCGCGAAAGGAGGACAGUGCGAAGCAACUUGCGCGAAAGGUUUGAAGAUGAUUUUUCUGAAAAUGAGAUUAGGGCGAAGAAGAAAUACAUCGGUGCCAAGGAGGUCUUUCAUACAGUCCCACGCCGUGAUCCGUUCAGACAUCGUCAUCUUAACGUUUGUGAUGUUUGCGGUAUUUCUGAUAACAAUGAUGAGAAAGGCCCGCUGAUCUUUUGUCAAGGCUGCACAUUCUCCUACCAUCAAGUUUGCCUAGGACCACGGGGGAGCAGAGACCAUCUCGUUACCAAAGUUGCAGAUGAUCAUUUUGUUCUUCAGUGCCGUCAUUGUCUGGGUGUCGCCCAUGCCAAAGAUCGUUUAUCUCCGCAUCUAGGUCACUGCAACGCGUGCAAUGAGAAGGGGUCAAUGUCCAAGCCUCUCAGGGAGCGCUUGUCGCCUAAGCAAGAACAACAGCUCCGUCAAGAGAAUGGCGGAAAAGAUCCGAUCACCUCUGUCGACAUGACGCGCUUUAACAACCUCGAUAAUCUUCUGUUCCGCUGUUCUGGCUGUCGUAGGGCCUACCAUCUGGACCAUCUACCUCCGUUGUCUAAUGAUAAUCGUGAGGAUGUUGCCGCUUCGCCCUUCCAGCAAUAUUCGUCGCGCUGGCAUUGUCUCGAUUGUAUAUCGGCUCCAGAUGAAAUUGCUGCCAUGGUCGCCUGGCGGCCAGUUCAACUCGAUCUCGUCGACUGUGCAGCAAGUAAGCUGGCCGAAGGCAAGAAGGAGUAUCUCAUUAAAUGGCGGAACAAGUCAUAUCAUCACUCUACAUGGAUGCCCGGUACUUGGGUGUGGGGAGUCGCAAAACAUGCUAUGCGGCGAGCGUUCCUAAAGUCAGACAAAGACAUAAAUCCGCAAAAGUCCGCCCAAGAGGCAAUCCCAGAAGACUUCUUGCGUGUCGAUAUCGUUUUCGAUGUCCGGUACUCUGAGAAGCCACAGGAUCGCAGCGAAGAAGCCGACCUUGCACGAAUCGACAAGGUCCAGGAGGCAUACAUGAAGUUUAAGGGUCUACCAUACGAGGAGACAGUAUGGGAAGUACCCCCUGAGGCUGAUUCUGAGAGAUGGAAUGACUUUAAAACUGCUUAUGAGGAUUGGGUACGGCGCGACUAUAUUCACACGCCUAGUCAGGAUGCCCUUAAAAAGCACCUUGCCUAUGUUCGGAAGCAAAAUUUCAAGACGACGGUCGUCCGUGAUACUCAACCGGAAUCGAUGACUGGUGGUGAGAUCAUGGAAUAUCAGAAGGAUGGCCUGAAUUGGUUGUACUACAUGUGGUUCAAGCAGCAGAACGCCAUUCUGGCUGAUGAGAUGGGUCUCGGGAAGACUAUCCAGGUUAUCGGUUUCUUUGCAACCCUCAUUCAGUAUCACAAAUGCUGGCCUUUCCUUGUUGUCGUUCCGAACGCGACUUGUCCCAACUGGCGCAAGGAAAUUAAAAAGUGGGUUCCUUCUAUUCGAGUCGUCACAUACUAUGGGUCUGCUUUUUCUCGCAAGUUGGCCCACGACUAUGAAAUGUUUGGCAAAGAAGGCUCUGUUCUCCGGUGUCAUGUUGUUGUAACAUCAUAUGAAGCAAUGGUGGACGACCAUUCUCGGAAGACACUGUCGAGAAUCCCUUGGGCAGGGCUUGUUGUUGACGAAGGACAGCGCUUGAAGAACGACAGGAGUCAGCUCUACGAAGGUCUUUUCAAGAUCAAGUUCCCAUUCAAGGUUCUCCUUACGGGCACACCUCUCCAAAACGACACGCGAGAACUCUUUAACCUGCUUCAAUUCUGUGAUCCUAGCAUCAAAGCAGAAGACAUGGAGGCUGAGUACGGAGUGCUAUCGAAAGAUAAUAUCCCUCAGUUGCAUGAAAUGAUCCGACCUUUCUUUUUGCGUCGGACCAAAGCACAAGUCUUGAACUUCCUUCCUCCCAUUGCCAACAUCAUUGUUCCUGUGUCGAUGUCCGUUGUGCAAAAGAAGCUUUACAAGUCAAUUCUAGCGAAGAACCCUCAAUUGAUUGAGACUAUCUUCCAACGGAAAGACGACCAGACAGGCGUGAAGCAGGUGGAGCGCAAGAAUUUGAACAAUAUCCUCUUGCAGUUGCGGAAAUGUCUUUGCCAUCCGUUCCUGUACAGCAAGGCCAUCGAAGAGCGCACUCCUGAUGUUACUGAGUCCCAUCGGCACUUAAUCGAGGCAGCUGGGAAGCUUCAGUUACUUCAACUGAUGUUACCCAAGCUGCAGCAGCGCGGACACCGGGUGUUGAUUUUCAGUCAGUUCCUUGAGCAUCUCGAUAUCAUAGAAGAUUUCCUCGAUGGAUCGAGCAUGUUAUACCGUCGUCUCGAUGGACGGAUGCCGGCAAUGGAGAAGCAAAAACGGAUUGAUGAGUACAACGCGGAAGGGUCACCGUACUUUGCUUUCCUCUUGUCGACUAGAUCCGGAGGUGUUGGUAUUAACUUGGCCACUGCGGAUACCGUGAUUAUCAUGGAUCCGGACUUCAAUCCUCACCAGGAUAUGCAGGCAUCAUCGCGCGCUCACCGGAUUGGGCAGAAGAACAAGGUGCUUGUGUUCCAGUUGAUGACGCGUGGUAGUGCGGAAGAGAAGAUCAUGCAGAUCGGUAAAAAGAAAAUGGUCUUGGAUCAUGUGCUGAUCGACCGGAUGAUUGCCGAAGAAGACGAUGGCCGCGAUCUAGAAUCUAUUCUACGACACGGCGCUCAGGCGCUUUUUGAUGACGAUGAUUCUGGCGACAUCCACUAUGACUCAGAAUCAGUCGACAAGCUCCUCGAUCGCAGUCAAGCCGAACAGACCAAGUCGCCUGACGCGAACAGCACCGAGGAUCCGUUCAGUUUCGCACGCGUAUGGGCCAAUGACAACCAGAACCUUGAUGGGCAGCUAGGCGACGGGGUGGAUGAGGGACCGAUCAACUCGAGCGUCUGGGAGAAUAUUCUGAAGGAGCGGGAGCAGGCGGCAGAGGAAGAGGCCAAAAGGAAAGCAGAGAACUUCGGUCGUGGGAAGCGCAAGCGGACGGCAGUUGACUAUAGCCAUGCCGCAGGGAUCUCACCAGCCAAGCCUCGCCGGCAAGAUGACGAUAGUGAUGUCGAAUUCCAAGCGGGAAAUCUUGACGCGCCGGAGUCUGAUUCGGAUUCGGACCCAGGGAUGUUGUCGGAUGAUCUGAAGCCGGCUACGAAGAGAACCAAGGUGGCACCGUUUGAACGUGUCGACCUUCCAGAUCCCGAACCCCCGUCAGCCCCAGCCCCCGUAAGAGAAAAUAUCCUCGUCUGUUACGCUUGCAACCGAACCCACCCCCCAGGUCAGUGCCGUUUGAAAUCGGCCGGGGUUGAGCAUUGCCCCCUUUGUGGACUUGCACACUACGGAGUUAAACGGACCUGUCCGCAUCUCCAGUCCGAGGUACAACUUUCGCGCAUGCUCGAGGCACUGAAGAAUUCCAUAGAAGAUCGUGAGAUUCGAAACCUGGCACGAAGCUACGUGAGUGGUAUCAAGGGAGAUCUGGCCCGUCGGCGGAGGAGCCUGAAUCCGAACCCGAACCCGACCCCGACCUCGGGAGGUAAACCUGCUCUCGGUGUUCUCAAUGGCCAGAAAAGGAAUAGCACUCAUGGAACGGCAGCUCCAUCUCCGGUCCCUGGUGGACCUGGACCUGCUCCUGAACCUGGUGUCAGUCCUGGCAUCGGUCCGGGGCCGCCGCCCGCGACCAAUCUGACUGGUGACAAUGGAACUAAUAAUACAGCUAUGGGAUCUGGACCCAACGGCCCUUCAUGGCGAAGUACUUUUAAGACUUGGUUGAAUGGACAAAGGUAA